ACGCCCCAGGACUAUGAGUACCCCAGCCAGUCCCAGACUACGCAGCACCAGAAGAACGACCGCUGCCCCCCCCCUCCCCAGAUGCUUCCGGAGCGUGCGUGCGAGGUGCCGGGGUGUCGCUCCGACUCGGAAUGCGAGCGCCACAAACGCUGCUGCUACAACGGCUGCAUCUACGCCUGCCUGGAGUCUGUCCAGCCCCCUCCUGUGCUGGACUGGUUGGUUCAGCCCAAACCUCGCUGGCUGGGGGGCAACGGCUGGCUGCUGGAUGGACCAGAGGAGGUGCUGCAAGCGGAGGCCUGCAGCACCACUGAGGAUGGGGACGAGCCCCUCCACUGUCCGACCGGGUACGAGUGCCACAUCAUCAACCCAGGCAACCCUGCAGCAGGCAUCCCCAACCGGGGCCAGUGCAUCAAGCAGAGAGGCAACUCUGAUGGUCGAAGCCUAAGGCACAAACACUUCAAAGACUACAAGGAUUACUUGGGAAGUAGCACCAACAACGCAUUAGGCUACGAGAAACACCACCACAAGCACCUGGGAUGAGCUUGCUCUCCUGGCUUCACUUGUCCUACCUCCUCCCCCCCCCCCCCCCGGAACUGCUCAGCUGACUUGGUUACAGUGGACUCUGGGCUAUGGAAUAACAUACCAUACUUAACACUUGGUUCUCUCUUGAAUUAUACUCUGCCAGGGCAGGAAAUGAGUGUUAUAAAAAAAUGGGACAAAACACCAAGGGGACUGUUUCAAACUAGGAAAUACAUAACAUGUGUUCCAACACACACACACACACAUCCUUAACCUUUCAUGAACACACACUUAUAGUCACUAAAAACACUUUCUUGCUAUUCCCCCCCCCCCCCACACACACAAACCCUAAAGUCACCGUGUCCAGACUAGUUUGCUGAAAUCUCACCUUCAGGCACACCAGCUAGCAGAAAGUAUGUAUUAUUCUUCAGAUCCACCUACCUUGUUCUACUAAUUAAAUCUGUCCUAUUUUAGCGUAUAUCCGGGCUGUGUGGUCAUGUAAGAGGCUGUCUAUGGAGAGUGUGUGGGUGGGAUUCAUAAACACGUGGGAAACAGGGGUUCUGUUGAACCAGUAGCCUUCAGUGCAGUACAGGGCUUUAUUAUCAUGGUGCUCAUUCAGAAAGCUGUCUACCAACAGGAUCAUAAGCUCACCAACCUCAACUCCAUAAAGUAUCAUAAGCUAGAGGUUGGAACUCCAUUUCCAUAUGGCCAUCUGCAUCAUGUCCAACUGGUGCUGUGACACGACCUUGUGUAUUCUUAAUAAAACAGAUUUUUCCUUU